CUGUGCAAUCGAAUCAAACACUCUCCCCUCUCGGCUCGCUCACCAACCAGUCCCCAGUUGCCUUCGCUGAUGGCCACCGAGACCAUCCAGGUUCCGGCGCCGGCCAUGCCGGCAGUGGCUGGGCGCGCCGCCACCACUGGCGGUGCCAGCAGGGCGGGCCUGCCGCCGCCGCCGCGGAGGGGCCAGAUCAAGGGGAAGAUCAUCAAGGACGUCGUCGCUGCUGUCUCCGCCAUGGCCGCGGGCCUCGUCAAGAACAACCGCGCCGACGACGACCGCGAGGAGGGUCUCCCGGCCUCUGACGACGCCGGCGACAAGUGAAACAACCGAUGACGACGCCGGCCGCCAUGGAUGGCUCUCCGCGUUCUCCCUUCCCGUCCGCUCGAUGCUGUCGCUCCUCUGCUGCUAUCAUGUGCUCAUUUUAGUGCACGCAGCAGAGGGACCAGGGAUGGCAGAGGGCCAAAAAUUACUACGAAGCUCUUGUGAAUCUGUCAGUAUUUGUGGGUGUCUGUUCGUCACGGAUGGAUCGGUUGCCAUAUUAGAGCACGCACUGAUCCAUCCAUGGUCUUUCUGGUUUGUGCUUCUUGUCCUGCCCCUGCUCUUUGGUUUGGUUUCGUUUGGUUUGGAUUGGGUUGGCUUUCAGUGGCUGCUGUCAGGAGGUUACUACGGUUUUUAGGAAAGAACCUCCUGCGGUUGCUGCUGCUGCUGAUUAGUCUUAAGUUUCUGUUGUUUGAUUAGUGUAUACUAUUAUGUAAGUUUGUGUUGUUUGCUAAGUGUUUGAUCGUGUAAGGUUCAGGAGGGAUCAACAAGUAUUAUGGUCUGGUCCUUCCUCCCUUAUCAUGUUUGUAACUGUAACUCUGUUUUGCUAUCAUGUCAAAAUAAGCUGAGCUUCUUGUGUGAAA